ACAGGUAGCACUGGGGAGAGAGGGUAACUGGUUGGCUGCGGCUGGCUGGGUACAGUGUUUUUGAUCAGCACUGGUCAUUCUUGCCCCACACGCUCUAUUAACCAGUGUUUCCGUAUUCCCGGCAGCUUCUCCCUGCACCGCCAAGCAGAACCUGAGAGCACGAGUAAGAUGAUAUGCUGCAGAAAAAUUGUGGCCUUGGGAUGUUGCUUUCCAGUUUAGGAGGCAGUAAGGACAAGGAAUCUUCCAAUAAUGGGAUGGCUGCACAGGGGGCAGCAAACAUUGCAUCAGCAGGCAGCUCCACAAUGAGACCACAAGACAACCAAGGCGGACAAGGAAAGAGUGGUAAUACCCCAGCAAGAGCUCAGAAAGAGAGAUCUGAAGGGGGAAAGUUCACCAAGGAUUUUGAAGAUGAAGAUGUGUAUGGUCCUGGGAACUUGAAUACUUGGGCAGACAUUAAAGAGUACGACGAUGAAGAAGACAGGCAGUGGUUUGAAGAGGAGAAUGCCAAUCUUGCUAAGAAAUAUGGUGGUAAUUUCAUCUUUGCAAAAUACCUGGACUCUCAACCUGGCAGAGUUGGGUACUACUGUCAGCUUUGUGGUGCAGAAAUGAAUGCCAAGAAGUCACUGGACCUUCAUUGCAGUGGGAUGAAACACCUAAAGAGAAAGGACCAGUGGGAUAAAGGGGGAAAAGGUCAAGAUUCUGGAGAACACAGUGGUGGGUGGCAUGAGAGGGGUCCUCGCCAUCAGCAUAACCGUCCACCGCCACAGUCUUGGUCUGAUAGGGAUCACCCAAGGAGAGACCCGUAUGGAGAACGCAGGCCUUUCAUGCGACCAUUGUCUCCAGGCCAGAGGCACAAUGACAGAGGUUACUUUGACAGAAGAGGUGGCUAUGAUAGGUAUUCAGAUGGCUACUAUGAUGACUACUACAGGAAUGACACUGGACCAUAUAGACACCCAUAUGACAGAGAUCCAUAUGAAAGGAGGGGAAGCCCACGCGAUGUGAGGCAUGACUUUGAUCGCCGUCCAGGUCCAGCAAGGAGGGAGUCUGCCGAGCGAUACCCAAGGGACCGCUACAACCCUUACUUGCGCCGGGAAGCCCCACCGCCCCCAGUGAUCAGCAGCCCAGCAGCACCUGAAAAGCCCGCAGCCCCUCAAGUACUACCAUCUGUGGAUACAACAGCGAUGCUCUUUGAGGGCAUUUCUGAUGGUUCUUGUGGUGAACUUCUGAAAAAGUUGUCUGUAUGCAGAGUAAAGAGUAAGGAAGAUACAGCCCUUGCUGCAAAUGUUGCCAGCUACCUUGUUGUCUCUCUUAGAGACUACUACAACAAAAUUGGUCCUCCCACUAUUGUGCACAUAUUGGAUGAAAUUAUUCUCAAGAUAAAUAUAAUGAAAGAUCUGCAGAAGUAAGAUGUAAACCAUAGCAAUACCUACCCACUUUUAGACUAAGAUGUACUGAGCUGCCUGCAUGCAUGUGGUGUGGAUUCCUCCAGUGGUAAGGGAAUUAUAUGAACUGAGUUAAGGUAUUAUUAGCAUUAAAUAAUUUAAUAAUGAAUAAUUUUAAGCAUUCCAGUAAAGAAAGUUAGUGUUUUUUGUGACACUGCUUAGUAUUUUCAUGGAUCAAAAACAAAUGGGUUAUCACAGUUUCUAUUCUUGAAAUGAGGUACGGUUGUGUAAAGAAGUGAUUUCAUAAUUACAAAAUGUUUCAGACAAAAAAUCUAUACCAGACAACAACCUCCACCUGUCACAUCCUCAAUUCCUCUUGGUUUUUAUGUAGCUCCUAAUAUAAAGUAGUUCACUAGUCCCCAUAUUAAUUUCUCUUUCACAUGUAGACAUGAAAUUUACUAGAUUUUGUGACAUCAUUGCUUGGGGCAACUGCACAUAAUUUUUGACAUUGUUUUGGAAGGUGUUGAGAAAGCAUCACUAGUUGUUGACACAGCUAGGAGAGAUAAGCCAGGCUGUGUACAGUACACAUGCAGCUUUCAAGACUUUAUCACAAGUUUUGUCACAGAUGAGAGUAAGGACUCUGCCUCUAAAGGGGUGUUGUUUUUUACCUUUUAGAUAAUAUUGCAGUUUUACAAGAUCUUUGUGCUGUUAAUCAUUGCUUCUGCAACGUGUAUAAAAAAUAGAUACUUUAUGGAUAGAAAGGACAAAUAUCAGUGAUUUCUUUCCUUGAUAGUUGUGUAUUAUUUCAGUUUGUCAGGAGCUUGAUACGUACAAUGACGGAUAGGUCUUAGUCAUCGUUAUUUUUGUAAUUGUAGGUUUAGUCAUACUUACAGUGUCAUUCUGUACCUGAGACUGCAACACUGUAAACAAAACUCAUGCUCCAGGAGGCUGUUUUGCCUAAUAAUAAAUGUAUUAACAAUUGAAGCAUUUUUGUAUUUUCAGAAACAAAAGUGGCAAUGAACUAUUUACAUCAGGUGGUGGUUUGGUGUUCUGUCAGUGGGGAUGGAUGUUAUUCACCUCUUACAGACAGUUAUUGUUGUAUUUCUACCAUGAACUCAUCAUCAGUGUGUGUGUGUGUGUGUGUGUGUGUGUGUGUGUUUUGUCUGCAGUUUGCUCCUUUUGCCAUCAAGGGCUGUGUUCACCAGAAUUAUUUUUAAAAUGAGACAUUCAGUUUGUGCUUUAAUAAAAUCAACAAAAUUUUUUGAACAAGGAUUUCUCUUUGCCCAAGGCAAUCCUGUUGAUUCCCUAGGGGACAUUCCCUGUAUAGAAAUACCUUUAAUGACUUGGUCAUGACAAAGGAAGAGAUCUCUCAUGAUGAGCUGAGAACUGAUUGUUACUGUGCAUAGGCUAGUAUUAGAACAGUAACCCAUCAUUUCAAAGUUGGGAGUGAUGGUGUUGCAAACGAAGUGUAUAUAUAUACACGAGUGUGUGUGUAUAUAUAUAUAUAUAUAUAUAUAUAUAUAUAUAUAUAUAUAUAUAUAUAUAUAUAUAUAUAUAUAUAUAUAUAUAUAUAUAUAUAUAUACACACACACACACACACACACACAAAGUUUUUAAAAAAUUCUGAAACUCAAGACUACUGGUCACAAACCUGAGUAGGAUCUUAAUCCUAUCAAGUAUGAAAUGUAAACAAACAGCAAAUGGAGAAUGUGUAUUUACCUAGUUGUGUUUUUACAGGAAAAGAGCUAUGCUCGUGCUGUCCUGUCUCCAUAUCUAUAAGCAUCCAGCUUAACUUUAAAUUCAUGAAUAUUUGUUGCUUGUACUACUGUUUCAUCUAAGUUGUUCCAUAUUUUUAUGCUUCUAUUUGGGAAACCAUAUUUCUUGAUAUCUCUUCUACUUGCUGUUUUCCUCAAUUUCACUCCAUGUCCUCUUGUAUCUCUUGAGUCCCCACACAAAUAAGUCCUCUUUGUCUGCUUGAUCCUUACUCUUUAAAGCUCUGUAUAUAGCAAUCAGCUCCCCACUUUCUCAUCUCUCUUGUAAUGAUGGAAGCUUCAAUCUCCUUAAUCUUUCUUCAUAGGUUAAAUCUCUCAAACUUGGUGCCAAUUUGGUUGGAUCCUUUCUAUUUUCCCUAUUUCCUUUUUAUUAUGGGGUGACCAAACAAUUGUGGCAUAUUCCAGUUUUGGUUAAAUCACAUAUUCCAUCAACUUUUUCAUCGUCCCUUCAUCCAUGUAAGCAAAUGCCCCUUUCAUCUUUCUUAGUAACUCAUAGGUUUCCCCAACUAUUUUGUUUACAUGUUUUUCGGGUGAUAAAUUAUCACUUAUUGUAAUUACCAAUUCUUUUUGUUCUUUGGUUUUCUUAAUUUUCACUUCUCCCAUGGUGUAGGAACUUGUCAGUUCUCUUUUGCUUUUUCCUAAUUCGAUCACCUUGCAUUUCUUUGCAUUGAAUUCCAUUUCCCAUUUCUUACUCCAUUUAUAUAUCUUAUAUGUCUUGUUUAGAUCUUUCUGUAAUAUUUCACAAUCCAUAUUGUUUUCCAUUUCACAUCACCUGCAAACAGACACAUAACUCAACCUCAUCCACCAUAUCGUUGAUAUACACCAGAAACAUUACGGGGGCUAAAACUGCCUGUGGUACUCCACUUGUAACUCUACACCAUUCGGAUUUUUCUCCCUUUAUUACUGUUCUCAUUUCUCUGUCCCUCAAGAAGUCUUUAAUCCAAUUCAGUGUGUUGCCUUGCAAACCCCCUAUAUUUUUAAUUUUCCAUAGCAGUCUCUGGUGUGGUACCUUAUCAAAUGCUUUUUUCAGGUCUAAAUAAACACAGUCUGCCCAACCCUCCCUCUCAUGAAUUAUAUCUAUUGCUCUACUAUAAAAGCUCACUAAAUUCGUGACACAAGAUCUUCCACUUCUGAAACCAAAUUGUCUGUCAGUCAGUGUAUGUGUUUCUUCUAAAUAUUCCAUCCAUCUGUUUUUAACUAUUCUUUCAGCUAUUUUUGCCACCAGACUUGUUAGGAACACUGGUCUGUAAUUUAAUGGAUCUUCUUUAUUACCUCCUUUAAAAAUGGGCACAAUAUUGGCUCUCAUCCAGUCUAGAGGGAUUUUUCUUCCUUAAAAGAACAUACUAUGGUAUUGUGUAUACUUCCUGCCAGUUGUUUACAACAUUCCUUAAGUAUCCAGUUGACACUCCAUCUGGUCCUUGAGCCUUACUUACAUCCAAUUCUUUCAUAAUCUUAAUUUCACUUAUGUCCACCUGUAUCUCUCUCAUCACAUUGUCUCUGUGCCAUACUCUUUCUUCAAAUUUGCUUUAUUUGGUGAAUACUGACUGGAAGCACUUGUUCAUUAAUUGUGCAUGUAACUGUGUAUCUUCAUAUGUAAUGUCAUCUUUCAUUAAUUUAUCUCUUGUUUGCUUGUUUUUCAUCUUCCCAUUCACACAUCUGAAGAAUAACUUCAGCUCAUCUUUGCAUUUGUUAACUAUAUCUUUCUCAUAAUUCCUUUCUUCUUCUCUCAGGAUUCUGAUAUAUUCGUUUCUUGCCUUCUUGAAUUCUUCCCAUUUCUCAAUUCCUACUUUUUUCUCCAUCUAUUCCAUGCUGCUUCUUUUUCUUUUUUUGCUGUUAUACAUCUCAUAUUAAACCAGUCUUUUUUUUCUUUUUUACUUUCUUUAUUUUGAUCUUCGGUACAUAUCUACUGACCCCUUCAUUUUAAAUUUCCAUGAAUAUAUCCCACUUUUCCUGCAUAUUACUUGCCAUGAACAGUUGUUUCCAUUUAGCCUCCGCAAAAUAUUCCCUUGACCUGAUAAAAUCUGCUUUCCUGUAAUCAUAUCUCCCAUUCUUGUAAAUUUCAUUCCUAUUUUCUAUUGAACCACUGCCUAUACUGAAUUCAAUUAAUAUGGUCACUUUUACCUAGUGGGAACUGAUAAUUUAUUCCUUCAGUGAUGUCCAUUUCCUUUGUAAACAACAAAUCUAGCCUAGAUGCCCGUUCAUUACUGCCAAAUCUUGUAUUUUCUCCUAUCCAUUGGGUCAUAGUAUUUGUCAUUAUUAAAUUUAAAAGCAUAUAUCCCCAUGACUCUUCUCCUCCGUCCAUGGUCCACUCUUCCCAGCAUACCUCUUUGCAAUUAAGCGUUAUAUUAUUACUUUCCACCAGUAUUCUCUCCAAAUAGUUACUAGUAUCUCUUAACAGUAAUUUAUAAUUCUCUUGUGUUCAUGCAUUCGUCUUUGGGGGUACAUAAGCCACUGCAAAAUCUCUUCUUCCUCCUCCCUUCCUUUUUGUUUUUAUUAUAAUUACUUCUGCCAUUCCUUCUCCCAUUUCUUCCACUGUUAUACUCUUCUUUGUAAGUAACGUGACUCCUCCCCUUUUCUUAUUAUUUCUAUGUUUUAUCCACACAUUAUAAUUACUAUUACCAAUUCUUAUAUUUUCUGUUGUCUCAUUUAAUUCAACUUAAAUAAUACCUAUGAUGUUGGGCUGCUUUAUCUUAAUAUAAUUAUUCAGUUCUUGUAAUGUUGGUAUUGAACUAUUUAUAUUUGCAUAUGCCACUGUCCACUUUAUAUUUUUCCAUACGUUAUUUACAUUUUUUUAUUUAUUUAUUUUUUUUUUAUUUAUUUAUUUUUUUUUUUGUCAGAUACCACUUCCUGAGCCUCUCGUUUUUUACCUUCCAAUGGAACUUUUUCUUCUCUUCCUCCGUUCUGUUCUCGUUUUUUGCCUUUCCUUCUUUUAUUAGAUCGUUUACCUUGAGUCUCUCCUCCUCAUUCAUGUCCCUCUUUGUCCAAACUUUCCUGUAUUGCUCUAUCUUGUCCAGUUUCCACACAUACGAUAUCACUUCCGUGGCUGUUGUUUGUGCCCUAAAUUUUACUUUCAGUGGUCACUCUCCUCCUGUAUUCUUCCCCAGUCUAUGUAUUUCCUGAAUUUCACUUAUCCAGUCCUCACCUCUAUAUUUCUUACAACAUCCUCUGCUACCUUUUUUUUUUUUUUUUUUUUUUUUCCAUACUGUAUCUUACUGGCUUUGUUUCCUCUUUUAAUCCAUAUAUAACAAUACAUUUCUUUUUGUCCACUGUGUCCCUUACCAUCAAUUCCUUCUGUUUGAUCACUUUCACAAUUUCCUUACUUAAAUCUGUCUUUUCCUUCUUUUGUGCUUCUAUGAUUUCUGUAAAGUUAACUUUUUCUGCCUCAUUUUCCUUCCGCCAGAUUUGAUGUUCACUUUUCAUCCCUGUCACUUAAUUUUCCUGUUUUUUAACAGUAUCAUUGUUUUCCUUCAAUUUUGUUUUUAUAUUGGCACUGAUUUCAGUUCUUUGUUUUCCUCUUCCAGGUCAUGUUUUUUUCUAGUUUUUCACUCUUUCAAUGAGAUCACUGAUCAUCCCUUCCAUUAAAACCACUUUCUUUCCUUGCAUUUUUCCAUGUAGUUCAUUGUCUUCCACAAAUCCUGGGAAUGGUGACCCUGUUGGCAACAUUCCACUCCCACCUAUGGCGUCCGCCUUGCUGGACCUUUUACUCAUUUUAUUACACCUAUUAUUACUUAAAUUUUCCCUUAUUUUUUUAUUUCUGGAGACAGAACAACUUUACUUGAGCACAGCUCCUAACUGUGAACACAUUCUAGGCUCCGAGUGGUGGCCGUGGUCAAGCAAAAUCUUCCUCUGCUGGAGCUUGGAUCGCUGCUUGUUUACUUGACGAUGAGUCAUGUGUGUGUGUGUGUGUGUGUGUGUGUGUGUGAUAGCCCAUACAUAGAUGUGUGAAGGACUAGAAGCAAGCUAGUGAUGUUAUUACAGGAUAUAGGAAAACAUUCAAUGUUGUUAUAGGAUAUAGGAAAACAUUCAACUUGAAUUUAAUACUGCCUUUAUUUGCUUAGCAUUUUCCACAGUCAAAUCUUUGUUUCUGUACUAAUUGAUUAUUGUCAAAUUGAUUAUUGAUAUUGUAAUUAGCCAUACCUGAGUGAGCUGUAUCUGAUGUGUAGUUCCAAUAUUAUUUAUAAUUAGAAAAUACCAAUGAUUGUGUUGGCUAACACAUGCUCCCAUUACAUUAUCAUGUCACAUUAAUAUGGAAAGGGAUAUAGACAUACAUACACUGGGUGUUCCGUGAGGAAAGUCACACUCACAAAUGAAAGAUCGACUCAUUCUCUCUCAAAAAUGUUCUAUGAUCAAAUUGACCUGUAUUGUGGUGUGUGUGAUUGUAUAAAAUGUGUGUUAAUUGAAUCUUGAGCAAUAUCAUUGUGAGAUGGCAGAUCUCUCUCUCUCUCUCUCUCUCUCUCUCUCUCUCUCUCUCUCUCUCUCUCUCUCUCUCUCUCUCUCUCUCUCUCUCUCUCUCUCUCUCUCUCUCUC